ACCCGUUCUAGCUCCCAGCCCAGCUAUGGCAUCCCUGCUGCCCGUCCGGACCUUGACCUUGAUCCUGAUUCUGCUGACUGUCCUGGCCCUGGGGGCUUCAGACUUCAACAUCUCAAGCGUCUCUGGUCUGCUGUCUCCGGCGUUAACAGAGAGCCUGCUUGUUGCCUUGCCCCCCUGUCACCUCACAGGGGGCAAUGCCACAUUGAUGGUCCGGAGAGCCAAUGACAGCCAAGUGGUGAAAUCUAGCUUCGUGGUGCCUCCGUGCCGUGGGCGCAGGGAGCUGGUGAGUGUGGUGGACAGUGGGGCCGGCUUCACGGUCACCAGGCUCAGUGCGUACCAGGUGACAGACCUCGUGCCAGGAACCAAAUACUACGUUUCCUACCUAGUGACGAAGGGGACAUCCACUGAGUCCAGUAGAGAGAUCCCAAUGUCCACACUUCCUCGAAGGAAGGUGGAAUCCAUUGGGCUGGGAAUGGCCCGGACGGGGGGCAUGGUGGUCAUCACAGUGCUGCUCUCUGUCGCCAUGCUCCUGCUGGUUCUGGGCUUCAUCAUCGCCCUGGCCCUGGGUGCCCAGAAGUGAGGAGGCCAGUGCCAGGCAGCAGGCCUCCAGGAGGUCCAGGAUGCUGUCCAUUUGCCCAGGCCACGGCU